AUGUCGAGAACAAGAGUACGAGCUGUGACCCAUCAUGAUCUUGUUCCAAAUCCUAAAACUACCGACCUCAGCAGCAAAACCGGUAUAUUCAUCGUUGUUUUGACCAUAAUCUUUGGCCUCUCCUGCUUUGUUCUCUGUCUCUAUGCCGAAGCCACGAGAUCUCAGGCGACAUGGGGAAGCAGCACGUGCGUGUACAACGGUAGCGGGAAAGCGCCGUUGUUGUGUGGUGCGAUUGCGUUUGUGGGACUAGCAGUGGCGAUGGUGGGCUUGCACAUGUACUUGCUUAUCGCAGUCACCACAUCGCCGCCGCUAGUUCUGGUUACGUUGGAAUCUGACUCUAUUCCUGCGAAGACGCUCACUUUUCAAGCAGCCUUCUUCUUCGUCUCAACAUGGCUUUGUUUUGGUGUUGGAGAGGUUCUACUGUUGGUGGGACUAAGUGUGGAAUCAGGACAUCUAAAGAACUGGUCUAAGCCAAAACCUAGUUGUAUAGUAAUUCGACAAGGCUUCUUCUCAGCUGCGGGUGUGUUCUCGCUUCUGACCGUCUUUCUAGCGACGGGACUUUACCUCACGGCUCUUCAAGCUCAUAAAAUCUCUAAAGAUCUCGAAGAUACACAUAGAGAGAUCCUUGAAGUAUCAGUUCUUUACGCAUCUCCUCCAAGAUCGCCCACGAAUCGGCUGGCUACGGUAGCUCGUGAAGGUCCUGCUACGGUUAGAGAUGAGCUGGCGUCUUUGGAACAUCUUGUUUCUUUAAAGCAAUUUGCAUAUAUAUUAUAG